UAAAUAAAUAAAUAAAUAGUAUAAAUGCGAUGGACAUGGCAGGCUAAAAUUGGCAAGUUGCGGAUCUUGACUGGUUCAAGAAAAGAUUUAGGAUAGUAAUUCGAAGCGGGGAAGAUGCCAAGAGGGGCACAACCGUCUUUUCAGAGACUGGGUCCAUUGCGCAAUUAAAAAAACAAAAAAUGGGAAAAAGGAGAGAGAGAGAGAGAGGCAUCACCAUCAAAGCGGCCAUCAGAGGUCCAAAGCCUUUAACAAGGUAGUACCAACAACUGCAAAGCACAUCAGGGAACAGCAUCACCCUCUCUCUCUCUACCCAUUGCUUGCUUUUUCAGCACCCUCGCAUCAUCAAUCUCAUGCUGCAUCACCCACUCUUUCUCUCUCUAGAAUUUAAAACUGAUGAGGACUCACACACACUAUCUCUCUCUCUCCUCCCAUCACGUUUCUACUAUAUCCUAUUCUCCCCUGUAUUCCGCAGAAAGAGAGAGAAACAUAGAGAACUCCACAAUCAAAAAACAAAGCAAGAGUCCACGCCAUCCAACUCUUUCCAUGGCCCAGCUGGACCAAAUUUUGUGUAGAAGAAAAAACCUAAAAAUUUAGAAAGGAGGAGGUGGUGUCUUCAAUUGUCCUCCAAAUUAACCAAACCCACCUCACACCAAAAAAGCAGAUACCACAAAUGCCCUUCUGCAACACCCCAAAAAAUCCCAAUCUUCAUCAUCAACUUCACUGUCUUUCCAAACAACUAUGUUUUUAUUUUUGCGCGAAUUAUGUGGGCUUUUUCGGCCUUUGCCUCGGUCAGAAUUUUUUUCACAGAGAAAACAGGAAAGCAAAGAAAGAACAUUCACCCCCCACCCCCCUCCACCCCCACCCCCUCCCUCUAUUUUCUCUCUCAUUUGCUGUCCUAUCUAUCUCUACUACUAUAUCUUUUGUAUUUUUUUCUUUCUCUAGAUACAAACCCCCUGUCUUUAUUGCCUGUUUACCAAUCUCUAUCACCGCAUACCCAUUUUCUUGUUUCCCCCUCUCUCCUUCACGCAUAUUAAUCGCCCCAUCUUCUUCAAGAUCGGAGCUUUUUCUGUGAUCGAAUGUCUAGGAAGAGUAAAGCGGCGGUUUUGGAUCCGACCUCGCCCUAUGGAGUUGGUGUGGAUGACGGCGCCAAGGCCAGGUCCAAGUUUCAGGCUCUUAUGCAGGACUAUGAGGAGCUGCAAAAGGAGGCUGAUGCUAUGAGAAGCAAAUUGGAGACGGCGAAAGAGAGGAAGCUGAUGCUCGCUGCUGAAGUUCGGUUUCUACGGAAAAGGCGUAUAUACCUUGUGAAGACGAAGGAUGCGAAUUCACCUGUGCAAGAACAAAAUCUUGUACAAGCGCCAAACUCACUAAAGCGUGCUAAAAUCACAAAGCAGCAGCUUCUGAAUGGAAAAGAAGCGAGCCGGCUUAGAUUGCCUUCAGCUCCAGAACCCAUCUCCAAGAAGAAACGAGUUGCUCUGCCCGAUGCUUUUCCAGUUAGUGAUCAGCCUCGCAAGAAAAAAUCAUACAGCAGGAAGGGACACGGUUUGCCUGUGCUUUCACCUCCGGGUUUUGAUUUGAAUCACAAAGGAGUAAUGCAUAUCAGGAAAGAAGCUCUGGCAGCAAACAUGGUCCCAACUCUGGACAGAAACUCCAAGGAAAGAAUAUUCGGUGCAAAUGAUGCAACGUUAAGGAAUUCUGCUGCUACUUUUGAUUUGAACCUCGAGACUACUCCUAGUGAGAGAGAAGCUUCGUUGCCAACCCGAGCUCCAAUAUUUGACUUGAAUGAAAUCUCGACAGGGGAGGAGGAUUUCCAGGGUAGUGUCGAAGCAAACAAGUUUGAAGACACCAGGAAAAGUUUAGUCAGAGGCAUAAAUGAAGAACAGCAAAAUGAUCUGAAACUGUCCAUUUGUCGAAAUGCUGGGGAAGGUUCGUCUCGUGCUGGAAAGAGAAAAAUAUCAUGGCAGGACCCCGUUGCAUUGAGAGUUUGAAGGGGCAAGCAACACACGGACGGAUCAACAUGUAUGUAGGUGCGACUACAGGAGAAGUAGCCGUCUGCGUCCCUGGCUCAUGGUCACCUUGAUUUGCCUUGAAGACUGUAGAGUUAUGCAUCUCCUCAUUGUAGCUAGUUUUAUGUGUUAGUACUAUACGGAAUGGUAUGAUAGAAGCAACUAACUGCAACUAGUAAAGAUUCUACCUUGUUGCAUAGGUUUUUGAUGAAAUAGACUGAGCUCUUUUCCCCCUC